AUGCGUCGCACUUGGGCCUCUUUCUGCGUUGCAGCGACCGAAUUGGUCAUACAGGCUGCCGCAGCUAGCUCCGCUGGAUGCGGCACAACCCCAGCCCUCAGCAACGGACUCAACUACAUGGACGUCAACGGGCAGCCUCGGGAAUACAUUAUUCAGGCUCCUGACAACUACGACGCCAGCACUCCUCACAAACUCGUGAUCGGGUACCACUGGCGCGACGGCACCAUGAACAAUGUCGUCGAAAACGGAUUUUACGGGCUGCAGUCCCUCGCCGGGGACACACCCACCAUCUUCAUCGCUCCCCAGGGCCUGGCAACGGCUGGGCUAACACCAACGGACCGCCGUUUCGCCACCGGCUGGAGCUGGGGCGGAGGCAUGAGCUACUCGGUGGCCUGUUCGCGAGCCGACGUCUUCCGCGCUGUUGCGGUUCUCUCUGGUGGUGAAAUCAGUGGCUGUGAUGGCGGUAGUCUCCCCAUUGCGUACUUUGGUCAGCAUGGAAUUAGCGAUAGCGUGCUGGGCGUCGAGCUCGGCCGUACAUUGCGAGACCACUAUGUUCAGGUGAAUGACUGUGAUGCCGCGACUCCUCCUGAGCCGCAGCCUGGAAGCGGGACACAUGUUGUGACUGAUUACACGGGCUGUUCUGAGGGACAUCCUGUCCAGUGGGUCGCUUUUGAUGGCGAUCACGAACCACUUCCUUCCGACGCGGGUUCGUCGGAUUCUUUUACCCCUGGUCUUAUUUGGAAGUUCUUCUCUCAGUUCUAA